CUCCGGGAAAGGGCCUCCCAAAACCGGGGAUCCCAAAGCCUGAUUGGCGGAGUCGCCCCCGCCCGCCCGCGGGGAGAAAGAGCCUCCCCAGGCGCCCAGGGCUGCCAUGGGUGAGGAGGUGGCGCAGCCCCGGCGGCCUGGGAUCGGCGUGGGGGUGGUGGUCACCAGCGCCGCGCACCCCAACUGCGUCCUGCUGGGCAAGAGGAAAGGCGCCGUGGGGGCCGGCACCUACCAGCUCCCCGGAGGCCACCUGGAGUUCGGGGAGAGCCUGGCGGAGUGCGCGGCGCGGGAGACGCUGGAGGAGGCGGCGCUGCGACUGCGCCACGUGCGGUUCGCGUCGGCCGUGAACGCGGUGUGCGCGUCCGCGCGGUACCACUACGUCACCGUGCUCAUGAAGGGCGAGGCCGAGCCCGGCGCGGAGCCGCGCAACCAGGAGCCCGACAAGAACGAGGGCUGGGAAUGGGUUAAAUGGGAUGAAUUUCCUCCAGCAGAUCAACUAUUCUGGGCCUUACGCUGCUUAAGAGAGCAAGGUUACAAUCCCUUUACGGAAGAGCUUGAUCAUCUAAAGGGGUACACAGGAAGUCACCAACUAGGGUAAAACCAAAUUGUACAUAUGUAACGCACUAAAAGACAGAGCUGCUUUUUUUGAUAUGAAAGAAAAAAAGGGUUAAUCGUGCUCAUGCUGCCCAUGUGAAAAUAUUACCCUUUCCAAAGCCAGAAAGAUGCCAAAUGUUUCAGUGCUUUUACCAUAUUUCACAUAACAGUGGUCUCUCAUUCUAGAGUUAUUUCUAGCUGUAGUGUUAACAAUUAAUAUUUGCUUUUAUAGCAAACUCAGAGUGUUUUGUCUGGUUAAUCUUUAUACAGAUGAACAGCCAUUUGUAAGUUAGAACUCGCCAGAGAAGCUUACUCACUUAGAAACAGUUGCAGCAUCAGGCCCAAGAAAAUUACUUGUUUAAACCACUGCCCUGCUUUAUAUGUAAACUUACUUUGUAUGUCAUGCUGCUUUCCUGUAAUUAUUGGACCACUUUUAAAACUUAGCCUUGUCUCUUAGCUUUAGUUAUGAAGUUACUGUCAUGAAAAAAAGUUACAUUUCACAGACAAUGCCUCAUUCUCCUGCAGACAGCAGUGUGUACUUGAAAAUCAAGGGUAUUAUAAAUAUGAAGAGGUUAUGAUGGCUUAUUACAGGGAUGACAUUCCCUGAUCCUUCUUGUCACUUGCUUUUGUAACAGAGUUCUGUUUGCGGCCUCAGAUACAUUGAAUUUAUCUGUUAAAAAUGUCACAGAUCUCUGCAGUUGAUCUGACUUAAUGUUACUAAACUCUUAUAAUGGUGCCUACAGUGUUCUACUAGGCUGACAUAAGUAACAAAAUCAUCUCAUUUAUAGGUGUAGCUGAAUGGCAAAAGUCAUACUUUUUUGCCAAAGGGAGUUGUCAGUAUUAAACAACUGAAUUGGCAGUGAAGAUACAUACAAAAGAUACAUACAAAACCAAUGCAUUUAUAUUUCUAAUUUUUCUAGAAUCUGUAGCCAAAUUUGGAUAUUUUCCAGCUGUAGUCACUAGGACAUCAGCAGUUAAUUUUAGGAUAUGACUUUUAAAGAAAUCACUAAUUGGCUCAUUUUUUUUCUCCUCAGGGUUCUUUAACACAGUUCUUGUCUGUUUCUUUUAGAUAUACUCAUUGUACAAAAAUGUUGUGAGAUAUCUUUAAUUUCUUUUUAAUAAAACACAAGCACAAUAUU